UUACACUCAACUUUGCCAGUACUAGCCGUGACUCCAAGCACUCCGCAGGGUUUUAGCUCACUCCAGAAAACCGAAAACCUUCGCAACACAAUUUCGUUUCAGUAAAAAAUUUGUUUUAUUUGCUAAUUUCUGACAACGACGAUGCCCUCGUUCUCCGCCGCCAGAUCCAUUUUCCGAUCAUGCUCGGUCCGCAACGCCGCGGCUAAGUUAGGUUCUCAAGCCAAAACCAAAGCGACUCGUUCUCCCUUUGGUGUCUCCGCUAAUAAACCCCUAUCUCUUGGAACUCUGAGGAGCCCUGUUCAAACGAGCUUUUGCGUGGAAUCGAUGCUGCCAUAUCAUACUGCCACUGCUUCGGCUUUGAUGACAUCAAUGCUCUCUAUUUCUCGUCGCAGUUACGGCUGGCUUCCUGAAGCUUGCAAUGAUGAUGUGUGAUGAAUCUUCAGAGGAUUCAAGCAAGUUGUAAGUACAAAAUUCUGCAUUUUAAGGCAGUGAUUACUGAUAAUUAGAAGUUUGCAAUCAUCGACAGAAGAGAAAGUUGGAUUUCUGUACUUACAAAACUAGAUGAUGAAUUAGUUGACUCUUGUCUCAAUUUUUAAUUAGUUCUUAGACAUUUAAAACAAUAUGUAUUGCUAAUUUUUUAAAUUAAGCUCUUUUAAUUUAUUAUUUCGUUUUGGAUUAUGAAUUCUGAUAUUUUGUAUUGAAUAAGCUUGUACUGUUUGAUGAAUGUUCAGUGGGUUCAAAAA